AUGGAAAAAUUUGUUAUUACAACAAAGAAACAGAAGGUCACUGAAGAAAAACCUACAUCCAGUCGUGAAGAUUCUGAAAAUGAAAAACUGAAUUCUGAAAACAGGGAAAACUCAUAUGUAGAUUCUGGUUCGACAAUAGAUCUGACUUCAGGAAAACGAAAAAGGCAUUCCAACGUGUAUAAUUAUUUUAAACGGUCUGCAGAUCGAAAACUAGCUUUAACCUGUGGAAGGGAGUAUAAAACUAGCGGCAAUACGUCAAACUUAGCUGAUCAUAUUAAACGGUUUCAUCGAUUUAUGAGUACUGGCCCAGAUUGUUCUGUAAGUACAAGUACUACAGAAUUGAGUACUAGCUCAGCACGAUCAAGUGCUCAGUCAAUUAGCCAAUUUUUUAAAAGAUCAGUACAAUAUGAUUCUUCUUCACAAACGAAAAAGGACUCUGAUGAUUGCUACUGA